AUGUCGACACCUCCUCCGGAAGAUGGAUACACUUUACGACGAAACUAUAUGUCGUCGAUGCGAUUAAAUGCACAACACUACCUCUGGAAAGACGCCGUCGGUUCGAACCUGCAUCCAGCAAUUCCCGUGCCGAACAAGGGCAAAGAUGUGCGGAUUGCAGAUAUAGGAACGGGAACUGGAAUAUGGAUGACAGACAUCAGUCGAGAAUAUCCCGCCGCCGAAAUCGACGGCUUCGAUGUCUCCUUCGAUCAGUGUCCCCAAGCGCAGUGGCUUCCCAAGAAUACCUCUCUUCGGUAUCUUGACCUUUACCAGUCUCUACCUGAUGAUCUUCAUGGAGUCUAUGAUAUUAUUCACCUGCGACUGUUUCUCGUGGUCAUUCGAGACGAUGAUCCCGUACCUGUGUUGAGGAACCUGGUUAAAAUGCUAAAACCGGGCGGCUGGAUUCAAUGGGCAGACCAUAACCUCGAUUCAUGGACGGUCGAAACCAUCGCACCGGAUGUGCCUAGCCCAGCGAUGGAAAAAAUGCGGGACAUGAUGGUGAAUACCGGACUGGGCCGCUGGGUCCCACGACUUCACGAUACUUUCAGCGAACAAGGCUUAAUUGACGUCCGAAAAGACUUCUAUCCGAUUGCGCCUCACAGCAGGUUAUAUUGGAGCCAGCUGCAAUUAAAUUCCAACGAGGAGUACAGCUAUCUGGGCAUGGAUAACAGCACGCAGGACGCCGUCGGACCGCAGUAUCGCAAUUUAAUUGCACAAGCGGCCGAGGAAGGGCGUAACGGGGCGGCGUUUAAUUUCACGCUCGAAGUCACAAUCGGAAGGAAAGCCGCGUAA